AAACACAGCUCCCGCCCCGAGUCCUGGCAGAAGUGUUUACAUGUCACCACCCACAAGUGUAACCUCUGACCAUUGUCUUUCAUAACAAACCUUUAGUAUCACAACCGUCCUAAGGUCUGUCUCAUUCCCACAACUGGAGCUCAGACAUGCAUAACAGCAGCUACUCCCGGGCCACUCUGGGACUGGAGACCAAAAAGAUCCACAAGGCGAAGAAGGGGAAAGGCUGCGGCUACUACAUGAGAAUCGUCUUCUUCUUCUCGUCUCUGAUCCAGUCCCUCAUCAUCGCCAGUUUGGUGCUCUUCCUUGUGUACGGCCAGCCAGAGAAGACGGCCGAGGAGAAGAGAGUGGAAGAUCUGGAGCUGGCCUUCAACAAGCUCUCUACAGACAACACCCAACUCAGAAAAGACAAAGCUGACCUCACUGGUGCCCUCAAAGCAAAGACUGGAGAGAAGGAAGCGGCGGAUAAAGAGAUAGCAAAGCUGAAAAAUGACUUGAACUUAACAACGAUCAAGAGCAGUAACUUGCAGAAGUCACUUGCUCUUUGUGAGGCCAGUAAACCAAAGGUUCCAAGCACUCGAUUUCCUUCACCCCCAUGUCCUCCAAUCAACAACAAUCAGAAUAGUGAAAUAAAAUCUCUAAAUAAUCUUCUGGAACAGCAGAAAGGUCUAUAUGAAAUCCUUAAGAGUAACUUCAGCCAAAGGGUUCAGUAUCUUAAAAUGGACUUGGACAAUGCAGUGAAGGAUAAAAAUGAAUAUCACAGCCAGGUGAUACAACUGAGUCAAGAAAACACGAACUUGAAAUCCCAGUUUGAAGUGUACACCAAGAAAUGCAAAGAAGACUUUGCAGAGUCCCUCAAAGGCAUCCAGACGGUCACAAGUGCCUUUCUGACCAAAAUCGACAACUUCUUCACCAACUCGGUCACGUUUCACCUCACCUGCCCGAAACAGGAAGAGCAGAUGGGAAGGAUUCGCUCCAACUGCUCCAGCCUCUCUCGACAGGUGGAGGACAAGUUCCAGAGCUACCUGGACAACGUGGGAGCGAAGGUCGCCAGCAUUCAGAAACAGAGCAGCCGGUUGGAAGUUCAGAACGCGGGACUGACUUCAGAACUGGACAAGUGCAAAGCGGACCGGGAGAAAGAGGCUGCGGAGAGCAACAAAAAACUGCAGGAUGCCCAACAGAAGUAUGACAAUGAGCUGAAGCAGCUUCUCGAGGAGAAAAGCAGACUGAGAAACGACAAAGACCAACUAGAAGCCCGUCUGCGAAAUGGUUAAACACAACAGGAACCCAUAAUCACUAAAGGCUGAGUGUGGAGAAGGGAAUGAUCUGAAUCUCAAGGCCAGACUCUGAGUUUCUAAGUGUCUUGUGCGCGGGAGUUUCCUGAUUUUGAGUCUGUGAUCUCUUUUGUAAAUAAUGUUGUCACUGUGGAUCCUGUAAAUGUACGUGCACUCUAAUGUUUAGUUCUUUGUAUAGUUGUAUUUAAGCAUCAUGGGCUGUGAGCUUGCGUGACAUGAUGUAGCCUACUUCUGAGGUCUCAAUCAGUUAUUUAGAGUGGUGCAGACCUAAAAAUGUAAGACUGCCUUUCCUACAAAGCACACAGUUAAUAUUAAAUAUAAUCAGCUGUUAAAUACUGAGAGAAUCUGAUUCUGUGAAACCUCCACGUGUGUUGUGAUGUAUAUAAUAUUCUUUAAACAUUAAUUGUGCUGCAGUGAUUGUUCGAACCAGUUUUAAUGUCCUUUUUACUGUUUUUGUUUUCUAAAUAUUUUGUUCUUUUUAAUAUGUUGAUCAGUCUGAUUUGAAUAAAUAAAUAGUCAUAAAAAUCAA